AUGUGGGCGUCCGUCUCCUCCCUCACUUUCUCCCGCGCGAGGCGCGGCGUCCCGGCCGACAUCGACAUCAGCUUCGAGCCGAGCGUCCACCCGCCGUGCAGCGACUCCUUCGGAGGGCCCUCGGGACAUUUCGCGCACACGCAGCCGCCGAGCUCCGGGCGCGCGGAAAUUCACUUCAACGCCGACAAGAACUGGACGCCCGAUAACCAGGAUAACGUAGCUCGUCAAGAAGCAGAGAUCCUUGCAGCACAAUAUCAAUACGAGAAACUGGGGUUAUGUCAAGGUCAAAGAUUUAUCACACACGACUCGUCACAUGCAGCCUUCCCCGUCAUUAGCACUGUAACAGACUUCAUUUGCUUUUUUCAUAGACGAUUGUUAUAAAUCACGGGCAACACCAGGUACUGACG